AGCCUGCAACAUUUUAAAUUUUGCCAUUUUUUACUUUCUUUAGGAAUUGUAUUUCUCUCUAUUGAGAUGCUAGGUUAAGUCCAGGUUAUGGUUUCUCUACUUGACCCUGUUUUUGGGGCAUUUGUCUCUUUCCAACGACAAAUAUUGUUUUGCUUAUGUCUUCCAUAUUUGAAAUGCACAUACGUUGAACAAUCUUCUAACUUAAGGUGGAGUAGGCGGUUACUGGGAUCAAGGUCACGGUCACUGGUGCUUGUACAUAUUUAUUGACCUAUUUCUUUCAUAUUUAAUAGGUUGAUACCUUUGGUGGUUCUCUUACUUAAAGAUGAAUCAUGUUAAGGUCUUAUGCCUAGCAAAACUAAAUGGUUAUGACUUUGUCAAGUUACAUGUAUAUUUAUGCGUGUUUACAUUUUUCUUGACGAGUGACUUGGUAAAUUUGUUCGGUUAUUGAUGAGAUGAGAAUUUUGACCAUAGUCAGCUCGCGCUCAACAUUGUUAAACUAGAGAGAAGUGGAGUCCCUAAAGAAAGUCUAUUAAUAUGACACAAUUUUAAAGAAUGCAGAUUCGGUUCGAUUGAGCCUUUUCAUGGACGGUAAUGGAAAAAGCAAGCUACUGUAAGCAAACAUAAGCUAAUGACCGGAUCCAAGAUGGCGCCCUUUUGUUUUCUUCAGAUGUAUAUCUUUCCUUGUUUCAUACUAUUAUGGUUACAAUUUUGUGUUCCUUCUUCUAGUUGUUGUUCUCGUUUACGGUAGGUUUUUUCCCUUUUGUCGUUAGUUUUUUUUUUAAAUUAUGGUUAUUUCUUCCCCGACCCUUGAGUCCCCUUACACUGUACCACUUUACCUUGCAGGCCGCUAAAUCAUUCAAUAAAUCUAAUUCUUUAGUUUCCUUGUCGGUAUAUUUUCCUGUUGUGUCUGAUCAAAGUGAUUAUUAUGUCUGUGAUAUGCCUUGUGCCCUAUCUUGUUUUUGUUUGGGGUCCUGCUGGGCUCCUUGCCGCUGGUCCUUUGUUGCUAGGUCGUGAACGCGCAUUUCCUUGGUGGUCUUUUUAAUCAUAUUUGGAGUAAAGACCUUUUAAAAGUACGAUUUUUUCAUAACAACCGAUCUUGCAUUUUGCGCAUGUGCAUUCUUAGUAGGGCAAAAGCAUAUUAAAAAUAGACUACAUUUAGCGUAGUUGAAGUCUUUAAAAGACGUGAUUAUAAGUUAUGACACCCAGAAAACAGAAAAUUUUAUGCGAUUGAUGAUGAAUUAAAGCGGUAAUUAUGAUAUUUAUAAGAGAUAUACAAAAUUAGCGGGUCUUAAAAUUCAAUGACCUCUGUUCAAGGUAUCAUUAAAUGACUUUUUCAUCAGUAAUUUAAACUGAAACAGCAGGGUGUUUAUGAAAAGUUUUAUUACCGAUGUAUUACAUAAUAUUACUUUGAAAGUGAAUUGGCAAGGCAGUAAGUGUCAAACGGAUUGACACGUGACCGGUUGUUAUUUGCCAGUUAGUUUACACGGGACGUUAUAGUACAAUGACAUAGUUUAAAACUUAAAAUUAUGAAAAUUGUAAUGUAAUUCAAGUUUCUUUUAUUUAUUCCAAUCUCGUCAAUGAUUAUUAAUUUUGUAAAGUGACAAAUAGUGUACGUGACUAGCAUUUUCAUGUGUUACGAAGAACCGGAUAAAAUGUGUUUUAUUUACCACCUAUUUAAACUUAUUAAGAGUUUGAAAAAUUAUUUAAAUAUAUUUAUAUGACUUAAAAAAUUCUCUUUGGCAUUACAGUCAAACCGGAUAAAGGAUAAAAGAAGGUAAACUGAACACUAAAAAUACAUAAUCAAGUGUUCCGACUUAUUUUCAGAAUGAUAAUUAACCUCGAUUUCAUUAUUAUACAGUUAUAAAAUUUCUUUAGCUUUAAUAUGGAGGAUUUCAACAACAAUUAAAUUGACUUCUUUAUUUGAUAAUAUAUUUCCACAUUUUUUACAACAAUUAUCUCAAUGUCAGGUCUUAAACAAUCGUCUUUUCCAUGCCCUUUUAUGACAAUCUUGGCCCCAAAGCUAUAAAGGUAUCUUCUGUGUUUCUAUUAAAAGCUUUUUUAUAUGAUUUUCUAAUUUUUAGCUUAAACUAACUCGGAAAUUGUCUAUGAAUUUCUACUACAUUUCUAUGUCGAGCAAUGCUCUUUUUGCCCUACGCAGAUUGCGCACACGCGAGAAAAUACUACUUCCGGUCAAUUUUUCAUAGCAACGGAUCGCGUCGUAAAAAGAUAUAUCACAAGCUAAUGUAAAGACCAUACAAGGGAUUACUUUGUGAUUCAUUGAGUCAAGUUCAAGGUCAAUGUUUCUUAAAAUCAAGAACCUGGUAUCGUCACAUCGCGAUGUUUCUUAAUUAUUAUAUUCUUAUAAUGUAAUUGUUAUGUAUUAUUAAUUGAUCAUAGGUGGUUCUUAAUAUUAGUAACAUUGAUAUAAUUCCUUUUUUUCGAUACUUCAGCUCUUGAAGAAUAUAGUGAGCAACCUGUACCAUCUUAAAAGUUCAAAAUAUAUACCACAAACGUUUGAAGAUUUCAUUGAAAAGGAAAUAAAUUCAGACACAUCAUGUUGCAAGUUCACUGUUGACCAAGAUGAUCAGUGGGAUAAAUACUCAAGUCGAAGCUUCAAUGGAAUUUCAAGCAAUUGGCCUAUUUACAUUACAAGACCGAUUGCACAUACAGAGUAUAUAAACUUUCAGGAGGACGUUUUAAAUAUUCGUUUGGCACAACGGCAACUCUCAGACAAAAUAGCAGAAUUACCAAAUGUUCUGUUUCUAGAAUAUCAUAAUGAAAUUUUGCUUACAUUAAGCCAAAAUAAUACAAUUUCUUCAGAGUCAUUGACAGACAGCACCGCUCUUUAUUCAGAUAUUAAAACAGUGCAACAGUGUUGCAAGAUGUUUCACAACACAGAAUCAAUUGUCAAUCAAAAUAAACAUUGGUGGAUUCAGUUCACUAAAGAAUAUGUGCCUAAUUAUUUACCAAAAAAUAAUUUUGACCUUUUACCUAUUUCAUUACCAAACAUUUGCUCAUAUAUAGAAUUAAAAUUGAAUCAUAUAGAUUGUGAAUAUAUUUCUGCAUUAAAUAGGGGAGAUUGUAUUUCAAAGAAAAUAUUUGAUGCAUGGUUAAAUAGAUUGAUCUUCAGAUCUAUAGAUGACAAACAUUUGGGCAUGCCUUAUAAAAGAAAAAUGACUGACAAAAGGUAUGUUUUGGAAAACGUUAGAACAAAUAUAAUGUCAGAACCUUGGCAAACUGUUUGUAUUCAUGACCAUGAAAAUAGUGACCAUGCCUCAGAAACUGAAGAAAACCAUUGUAACCAUAGUAAUUUUCAUUCAGUGGGGGCUUUGCCAAAUGAAAUAUUUCAAGCUGGAAAAAGAACAUCAGUUGUAAAUUUGAAUCAAAGACAUCAAUUUAGUGGAACAACAGUUGACCUUAACACACAACCUGCUGGUUUACAGCAAAUAGAAGAAAAUGACGAGUCGCCAAAUAAAAAAGAAAAAGAUCCUAUGAAAUCUAUUAUUUGUCAUGAAAAUGAUAUGUUUCCAUGUAGUACUUACAUUGCUAGUAAUCCAGUGUUUACUGAAGAAAGUAAAACCGAACAACGUCAAGAAACAGCCAGAGCUGUUAACGGCAAUGAAGAUUUAUUAGCAACUGAUAAUCCCAUUAGUGAUACUCAAGCGUCAGAAACUGGCAAUGCUGCAGAUAUUCCUGCCAGUGAUCUUCCAAGUCCCGAAGUUGACACAGCUGAUCUUCAAAGGUUUGAACCGUUAAUACAUAUAAUUGACAAAAUAGCAGACGGAGAAAGAGUCCCUCCUCAAAUAACAAUGCGUUAUGAAUUACUCCGAUUUUGCACCUUAAGAUCAUUUCCCAAACACAAUAAGCCAUAUAUAACAAGAAUAGCUCAGGCAGGUUUUUAUUUUGCAAACGCUGAUGAUGAAGUUGUUUGUUAUUGCUGUGCACGUAGAAAAAGCAAUUGGCGCGAAGAUGAUAUUCCUAUAGAAAUCCAUAGAGAGUUAAAUCCUAAUUGCAAUUUCCUUCUCACCAAUUUAGAGGUAAACGUGCCUGUCAGAAUGUCAGAAUUAUUAAUCCAAGAAAGUAAUAGAUCUACAUGUUCUCAAAAUCUUGAAAAUGCCAACCAGAUUAGCUCAGCUUCUACUUGUGACACAAUAUCAUGUAAUACAAGUGGAUCGACAAGCUCCUCUAGUGUAACAGCAAAUACACCUGCUCCAAAUGUGACACAGGCUAUAUCAUCACCUGUUGUUUCAACAAACAGUGAUCUAUCUCAAAAUAGACUGCAGUCAAGAGCACAUGGUAAUUUUGUAAUGACCUCAUCAGCGAGUUCAUUUGUACAGAAGCACCAAUCAAAUAGUGGCUCAACUUCAAAUGGUAUGGAAGCCUCUCCAGUUGAGAGUUCAAGUUCAUUGAGACCAACAUCUCAACUGUCUGCUCCAAGAACUGAUACAUCAACCACUCCAAAAUAUCCCAAGUAUGCCAGCAAAACUGCCAGGGUGUUAAGCUACAAUGAUUGUGGAGACAUUGUGAUACCACCAGAUAGUUUGGCUACCUCGGGAUUUUUCUAUGCUGGCUUUGGUGACUGUGUUAGGUGUUUUCAAUGUGGAGUUGGUCUUCGUCAUUGGUCAGAAGAAGAUGAUCCUUGGAUCGAACAUAGUAGAUGGUCAAAGGAUUGUUUAUUUGUUCAACAAGUGAGAGGUCAAGAGUUUGUGAAUAUUGUUCAAAUGGCUGUACAGUAUUCCCAGAAUCAAAAUGGAAACGACCAGACUCCAGGUGGAAGUCCUACCGGGUCUUCUUCCGAUGCUGAGAUAGAGCGCCAAAUGCAUACAGAUGCUGCCCAAAGUGUACUAGAGAUGGGCUACACUCCACAUGUCAUACGGAGUGCCUUACGUGCAAUAAGAGAUGGAAAUGAUGGGCGAACUUUAAGCGCCACAAUAUUGAUGGAGAAAAUCUUCGAAUUAGAAGAUGAAGCAUCGGCCAAUGUUGAAAAUAACCAAUCUAUCCAAGGAACUUCUUUGAACCAGUCAAAUACAAUUGCUCAAGCACCAGAUCCAGUUAACAACAACACCCAAAGCCAAAGAGUAUCCCUCGAUACUAGUUUAGCGUCAUCAAAUUCUGCAAGGACUCAGUCAGUUACAGCAUCCUUAACGACAAAUGCAAGCAGUGGAGUAACCAGAACCCAAAAUAAAAAGUCACAAUUAUUGGAACAGAAAAAGCUCAAACAAGAAAAUGAACAGCUGAAACAACAAUCAUUGUGUACCAAAUGUAAACAAAAUGAUGUAUGCAUCGUUUUUCUACCAUGUGGACAUUUAAUUACAUGUGAAACUUGUGCUCCUACUAUUAGAUACUGCUCGGUAGAAGGUUGUGGAAAAUAUAUAAAAGGCACCGUUAGGACUUAUCUAGCAUAAACUGAAAUGAAAGGUUGGUGUUUUACUUCAAAGAAGUGUUGUUGUCAAGGAUUGUAUAAAGAAUGCAAGGAACAAAUUCCUACAGCAGCUGACUAGGACGGCCAUGAAAUCAGAACUGCAAAUCACCAUGUUGUUGUUUGCGCAUACAUGUAAUCUUAAAAUAUGAUCACACUAGUGGAACUAUGUGAUUGAAUUUAAAUAUUAUUGGUUAGCACCAUAAUGCACAUCAUGAAAUUAUGAAAUGCUGCUAAUCAAACAUUAUAUUUAGUAGAUAAUGCCAUUAUCGAAGUACCUACACUAUGUUUAUAGAAACUAGUACUGUCUGACAGUGUAAAUUUGAUAUAAGUCAAAUUCAGUUAUGUUUAAUAAAGAAUGUCUUGAUUAUCUUAAGUGCAGCAUACAUGGUAAAAAGUAAAAUGAUGCAAUAGGAGAGCUACAUUCGUAUAACAUACUUGGUAAGGUGCAUAAGUGUAGCACAUGUGGUACAGUGUAAAAGCAUAGACAAAUUCUUUUAAAAAACAAAAACAAUUACUCGUUUUAUGAAAUUUAUGUAAUGAUUUUAAGGGAAAGGAAAACGGACUUAUACGACUGUUAUGAAUAUUUACGCAAUAAUUACCUACCAAAGAAAUAUUACAUACAACCAAACUAAUAUUUAAAUUGAAUAAGUUGAAUAUAAAUGAUUGAUAUGUCAAUUGUUGUUUACUUACUAUGCUCUGUAAACUGUAAAUAUGUUGUUUAUUAUAUUUCCCAAUGGACUGAAAGCCAAAAUGCCAAAAAGCCACACACAAAAAAAAAAAA